GGAAAAACGUUUAACAACAGAAUUUUCAAAUCGAGAAGAGGCGCUCUCGUUAGUGGAGGAAAGGAGUGUAACACCAACAAUGCAGAGACCGGGCAAAGGCAAGACUCCUCGGAGGCAUGGCCCAAAAAAGGCAUCCAACACAGAGAAAGAUCCUGUCGGAGUAUACUGCCGGAUACGUCCACUUGGAGGCGAAGAUGAGGAAUGCUGUGUUGAGAUGAUCAGCAGCUCCACAAUUCAGCUUCAUGCUCCAGAUGGUCUUAAAGCCAACCGCAAUGGGGAGUACAAAGAGACACAGUACUCCUUUAAAAAAGUGUUUGGUAUUAAUACCACUCAAAUGGAGCUGUUUGAGGAUGUUGCCAGGCCGCUGGUAGAGGACCUCAUUCACUGUAAAAAUGGUCUGCUGUUUACGUAUGGUGUUACUGGAAGUGGUAAGACCUUCACCAUGACGGGCUCACCUGGUGAAGGUGGACUCCUCCCCCGAUCACUAGACAUGCUCUUCAACAGCAUCGGCCCCUUUCAGGCCAAAAGAUUUGUGUUUAAACCAGAUGACAAAAAUGGGAUGGAGAUCCAGGGUCAAGUCGAUGCUCUCCUGGAGAGACAGAAACGAGACAGUCAGCCAUUAGUGUCCAAAACGCCCUCCUCCAGGCAGAAGACUGACCCAGAGUUUGCUGAUAUGAUCAGUUCAGAGGAGGCCUGUAAAUCUGAUAAUGUGGAUGAGGACUGUUGUUACAGUGUCUUUGUGUCCUAUAUCGAGGUCUACAACAACUAUAUCUAUGAUCUCCUUGAAGAUGCUCCAUUUGACCCGAUCAGACCAAAGUGGCUCGGUGGAGGCACGCCUGUACGGAACAAUGAGUUCAUACCACCUCAGUCAAAGAUUCUCCGUGAAGAUCAGAAUCAUAACAUGUAUGUUGCUGGCUGCACAGAAGUGGAGGUAAAAUCUACAGAGGAGGCUUUUGAAGUCUUUUGGAAAGGACAAAAGAAAAGGAGGAUAGCGAACACUCAGCUCAACCGUGAAUCUAGUCGCUCUCACAGUGUGUUCACAGUGAAGCUGGCCCAGGCACCACUCGAUGCUGACGGGGAUCACAUUCUACAGGACAAAAACCAGGUGAAUGUGAGCCAGCUGUGUCUGGUUGACCUGGCAGGCAGUGAGCGCACCAGCAGAACCAGAGCCGAGGGAAGUCGUCUGCGUGAAGCAGGGAAUAUUAACCAGUCCCUGAUGACACUGCGCACAUGCAUGGAAGUGCUGCGUGAAAACCAGAUGUGUGGAACUAAUAGGAUGGUGCCGUACAGGGACUCUAAAGUUACACAUCUGUUUAAAAACUACUUUGAUGGAGAAGGCAAAGUCAGGAUGAUUGUGUGUGUCAACCCAAAGGCUGAUGACUAUGAUGAAACUAUGCUGGUGAUGCGGUUCGCUGAGAUGACCCAGGAGGUGGAAGUGGCACGGCCAGUUGACCGGCCAAUCUGUGGCCUAGCUGCAGGACGCAGACACAGAAACCAGGCCUUCAAAGACGAGCUUUCGCGUCGCUUGGAAGAUCGAGGGGGUCCCAGUAAUGCAGUGGAUGACCCAGCUCUGCUGAAUAGAAUCAUAGAAAGCCUUCCAGCCGUCCCUCCCUGUGAGCUUGUGGACCCAGCUGAUGAUCAGACACUGCAGCGCCUGAUUGAGGUGUUGGAGAAGAGGCAUCGGAUGCGACAGAUGAUGACAGAGCAGGUCAACAAAACUGCCAGUACACUGUCGUCCAUGCUUCAGCAGCUUGACGGUCAGCUCAAUGCGAAGGAGACUGUCCUGCAUGAACAAAGAAGCAAAAUGGGCGAGAAAGAAAAGUUAAUCAUCAACCAGAGGACAGAGAUAGAACGACUAGAAAAGAAAUCCAAAACUCUAGAAUACAAGAUCGAUAUCCUACAGAAGACGACAGAAAUGUAUGAGCAGGACAAACGCUCACUUCAGCAGGAGCUAGAGACUCGGGAGCAGCGGCUCCACCGCGAGCUGUCGGAGAGGAGGCGCAUGGAGCAGCGCAUGCAGGGCAUGGUGACGGACACCAAACACAAGUGGGAGAAGGAGUGUGAGAGGCGAGUGAACGCCAAGCAGCUGGAGAUGCAGAACAAGUUGUGGGUGAAGGAUGAGAAGCUGAAGCAGCUCAAGGCCAUUGUGACAGAAAGCGGUGGCAGUGGCAGCUGUCCCACUGAGCAUCCAGACAAGCCUGACAGGCCGUCACGGGAGAGAGAUCGCAUCCUCACUCAGAAGAGGUCUGCGUCCCCUUCGCCACUUCCUGAAUUCAGCCAAACACCUUCCCACCAAACUCGAGCCAAUGUUAGGGCAGUUCAGGACCCUGACCCCACCUCCUCCUCCUCCUUCUCCUCCUCUUCCUCCUCCUCUUCAGCCUUUCCCUCAGUAGCCUCCUGCAUCUCUGACUGGGAGCACAGGUUCCCUGUAGACUCAAGCAGCCAGUUUAGGCAACCUGGGACCCCCCAGUACAGGAGCCGGAAUCCCGACCCUUACCACGGCAGCAGCAGCGUGGGUCGCAGGAGAGGCAGGCAAUGGGCCCCAAACACUGAGGCCCCUGCAACAGCUCUUGUCUAUGGUCUAGACCUAGAGCCAGGCAAAAGGACGGCUCCUCCAGUUCAUCCAAGGCACAGGCGCUCACAGUCUGCGGGUGGGGAGAAAUGGGUAGACCACAAACCAACCUCUAAUUUGGACCUAGACACUGUCAUGCAGCCAAUCAUACCCAAUGCAAUCAAGGUGUCGGCCCCGAACGAGAAGGCUCUGUCUAAAUGUCACAAGUAUGUGCUUAGACAUCAAGAGCUUGCCUCCGACGGGGAGAUUGAGACCAAAUUGAUCAAGGGCAAUGUUUUUAAGACCAGAGGCGGAGGGCAAGCUGUGCAGUUUACUGACAUUGAGACACUAAAACAACAGUGCCCAUCAGCACUAAGUCGCAAGAGACGAUCAGGGUCUGGAGAAGGACCAGCUCAGAUCGAGGACAUUGAGAACAGAGCUCCAGUUUCAAGCACGCCUGGUUAUCAAAAACGCAGAAAACCUUGAGUUGCUGUGCAGAUGACGAUUUUGCCUGACUAUCGGAGCAGUGAAGGGACCGCCAUGUCAAACUAUGCAUCACUUUGAGAGACAGAGCAUUUUCUCUAUGAUGUCAGAUCUCCACUAAAAGUGAAAUAGGGUGCAAUUAUAAUUUAAUCAUCGUUAAAGUGGUAUUGAUUGAACAGUGUAGAACAUUUCACAUGUAUUUGCUGGAUUAGUUUGUGUUAUGAAUGCUGGAUUAUUACUUCUUAGAGACAUGGAUGUUUUAUUACUAACGUUAUCACUCUCUUUAACUGCAACCCAAAGACUAGAAUGCUUGAGCUUUCGAACAAAAGAUCUUUUCUAUUUUUUUUCUUUUACUUCGUAGAGUCAUCUUACUAUUUUCAAGGGUUAUUCAUGUGUUGGAUGUCACACUGAGCACACGGCUGAUUUAAAUAAUCAGCAAUACUUCUCAGUUUUUGUGUGUAAAUAUAGAUCUGUCCAGUAGGUUCUGCUUCAGUCCAUCUUUGACCACCUGUAAAUAAGUUUUGAGGGUUUUUUUUACCUUUGUGCAUUCCAACAACUCCGAAGAUGUUUAGCACGCUGCUCUUUUUGGUGGCAUUAAAAUAUAUAAUGCAAA